AUCAUAAAAAUUCAUGGACAUUUCAUUAUCAUAAAAAUUUUGCCAAACUUUGACGCACUCUCCGCCCUGGCUUAAAUCAUUUCCGUUUCUUGUGCAAAAUCCAUUCGUCUUCAUGUGAAGGUCGCGAAGCACUUUCGGGCUAUGGCUGCACUCAAAUGCCAAUCAACUAGCGCACGUACCACUCGGGUGACGGUUAAACGGUAAUGCGGUUUGUGAAUUGAAGUAAAAAAAAAAAAAACAACAUACAUACGGUCGUUAAAACACCAACAAUAGUAAAUUGAAGUGUAGUGCUUGAAAAGAAUAUUGGAGUGAAAUCUGAAAACACAAAUAAACGAAGUGAAUAAAGAGCAAAGAAACGGCCAAAAUAUAGUCAAAGGGAAAACAGCAAAAGAGGAAUUAAAACAAAAUUUGCGAAAACAGGAAAUCCGCUUGAAAAGGCAAAGAAAUUCCCUAAAGAAAAGUGUCAAGCAAGUGCAAGUGCAAAUUGAUGGAGUGAAAGCAUAUGGUUGUUAACAGUAGAAGAAGAAGAAGCAUCAUUAGAAAAAACCAAAGAUAAUAUAUGAAUGUUCUAGGCCAAGAAAAGAAAAAAAGGUGCCCCCCCCCCUACAAUUGUGAAAUACCAAAACGCAGUGUUGUUGUUAUUGCAAAAAUACCGGCAUUGAAUGUAUUUGUGUGUGUGUGUGUGAAAGUGUUGUAGCAAAGGCAAGUGUGUGACAGAUAACGGGAAUAUUGUACAAGCAUAACUAAGAGUAAGAGUAAUUUUGGCGGGAGUAACGAAAUAUCCCCUCACAAAAAAGCAAUAAAAAAAUAUAUAGGAAAAUUUUGAAAGCCUAAAAGUAAUAAAAAGUUGAAGAGUUUGCAGAGUGUUGAAAAAGUGUGGUGUCAGUGUAAAGAAACAACAAAAACAAACAAGCAUUAACAUGCCCAACUAACAAAAACAAAAUCGUUAGAGAAAAAUCGCAACCUUUUAAUGUGGAUUUAAACAUUCAUCGAUUAAUCUCGAGAAAAACAAAAACCAACUUCAAACACCUUUAAAGCGCUCCCACACAAUCUGAUUAUGGAGGACGAAUUACGUUGUCCCACCUGCAAACAGCUUUUUGCUAAUCCUGUCCUAUUGCCCUGUUUCCAUGCCCUCUGCCUGGGCUGUGCUUUGGAUAUUCAGACACCCUAUACACCGGGAGCCAUUUUGGCCUCUGUUACAGGUGGCUCAUCUUCGCUGAAUGGUGGCACCAUACACAGUGUAGCCGCCACCGUUCAUCCUCAUCCAUCGGGCGUUAACCCCUCACAUCCCCAUCAUCCACACAACGCCCACACCCAUCCCUCUACACGACAUUCGUCCAAUAGUUCGGCGGCCAGCACUGCCAGUUCGGCCACCGGCACAGAAUCGGUUACCUCGGAUCAAGAUCAAUCGGACAAGGUUAGCAUUUUGAGUGAAGCCGAUUCGGGGGUGGUCUGCUGCUCGAACACCUCACGUCCAGUGUCGUACGCCGGCACCAAUCUUCUAUUGCAAGGCGCCGCCUCAGCUCCACCGGGAGCUGCCUUCAGUCUCACUUGUCCUUUGUGUCGCAAAAUUGUCUUCUUCGACGAGGGGGGUGUACGCAAUUUGCCACCCUAUCGUGCCAUGGAGUCCAUAGUCGAUCGUUUUUGUGCCCGCGAGGCUUUGCGUUGUCAGAUGUGCGAAACCGACCCCAAGGUGGCUUCGUUGGUGUGUGAACAGUGUGAGAUACGCUACUGUGAUGCUUGUCGCGAACUAUGCCAUCCAGCUCGAGGCCCAUUGGCCAAGCACACUUUGGUUAAGCCCAAGGGGGCCGCCCAGCAGCGUGAAUCCGUUUGCGGUGAACACGAGGAGGUAUUGUCCAUGUAUUGCUUGACUUGCAAAAUUCCAGCUUGUGCUGAGUGCAUCAACGAUCAGCGUCAUCCACAACAUGAAGUGCAGCCGAUAAGCACCACAUGCAAGGCACAAAAGACGGAACUUUCACACAAUCUGCAACAAUUGUCAGAGAAGGCACGUUCAACAACAGAAUUCAUACAGCGGCUAAAAGGGAUGAGUGACAAAGUAACGGAAUCCUGCAUCGAAUUUGAAAGACUGGUUACGGCCCAAUGUGAAGCCCUCAUUCAAGCCAUACAUGAUCGUCGUGAAUAUCUUCUAGAGGCCAUACGCAUGGAUAAAGAAACAAAAAUAAGAAUACUUAAGGAUCAACAAUCAAAUUGUACGGGAAAGCUGCAACAAACCACAGGACUUAUACAAUUUUGCAUCGAAGCCCUUAAAGAGACUGAUAGCGCUGCAUUUUUACAGGUCGGUUCAAUGCUAAUAAAUCGAGUAACCAACACAGAUAUGACUUGGCACCAAGAGGUUACAAAUGCUGCUCCCCGUGUAUCGCCCAUUGUGGAUUUGACCCUAGAUGAUGCAUCUGUUUUAAGAUCAAUUGAUAAUUUGAAUUUCAUUCAAAUGAAACCUGCCAAAGAUGGAGAUGAAAGAUUGCCUGCAGCUCCACAACCACCUGCAAUUAUACCCGAGGAUUGUUCGGCAGAAAAUAACUCUGUAACUGUGGCGUGGCAGGCACCAAAUCAUUCCUUUGUAGAGGGCUAUGUACUGGAAUUGGACGAUGGCAGCGGUGGAGAAUUUAGGGAAGUUUAUUGCGGCAAAGAGACCAUUUGCACUGUUGAUGGCCUACACUUUAAUUCGAUGUACAAUGCCCGUGUCAAGGCUUUUAACAGCGCCGGCGAAGGGGAAUACUCGGAACUCAUUGGUCUUCAAACGGCAGAAGUUGCUUGGUUUACAUUCGAUCCUGUUCUCAGCGGCGGUCCUGGCUCCGGUCUCAUCUUUAGUAACAACAACUCCACCGUAUCGGUGGAAGGUUGGGAACAUCGAGUGGCCUUGGGUUCUGUGGGCUUUUCACGUGGCAUACACUAUUGGGAAUUUACCAUAGACAAUUAUACGGCAGAUACGGAUCCAGCUUUUGGUGUAGCACGCAUUGAUGUUAAUCGCAACAAAAUGUUGGGUAAGGACGAAAAAUCCUUUGCCAUGUACAUUGAUCGUCAGCGCUCCUGGUUCCAACACAACUCAGUGCACGAAAGACGAGUGGAGGGAGGCAUCAGCACUGGCAGCACCAUUGGUGUUCUGCUCAAUUUGGAGCGACACACUCUGAGCUUUUUGGUAAAUGGCAUGCCCCAGGGCUCUAUAGCAUUCCGGGAUUUAUAUGGAGUCUUUUACCCGGCUGUGAGUAUUAAUCGCGGUGUAACGUUAACACUGCACACAGCCCUGGAUGCACCACAAAUGGAUUAUUUUUAAACCACCAGCACCCAUUAAGAACGAAAGAGGUGACAUCACGCCGAGCGACGACAAGAGUGUUUGAGUAGAGUUGUGUGUUUUGUAAAUAAGCUUAAAUUUAAGGUUUGUAUAUGAUGUUUUUUUUUACAUAUAUAUAAAAUUGUGAAAAUAUAUAAAUGUUUAUUAACUAUUAACUUAUUAUUACCUUAUUAUAGUUGUAGUAGUUACAUAUCUUAAUUAUAUUUAUAUAUACAAUAUAUAUAUAUGAAGUUUGUAUGGAAUUCUCUCUAUAUAUAUAUGUGAAAGAAAUAUCGUAAAAAUUGUGUAGUAGCAUGUAUGUACGUACGUCGUUUAGGAUUCGAAAGAGAAUAACAAAUAAUUUAUAUGAGAAAUUCAUGCAAUGAUGAAAGAAACUAGAACCGAAAAUCAAAGUUUAGUAUAAAUUUAGUUUUUAAUAUGACAACUAGAGCGAGUUAGACGUUAUAAACGUUAUACAAUAUAUAUUAUAAGAUGGUCUAGAGCAUACAUUAUAAGAGUUAGGGUGUUUAAUAUAGUGGAGAAAUUAAAUAUUAA